AGAAACAAAAGAAGACCGGUCGAUCGAUCAGACGCAGACGCAAAGGGUUUAGGGUUUUGCAGCUUUGAACUACCUCCUCCUCCUCCCUCUCCCGAAUAUCUCUCUCUUUCGUGUUUACCCGCCAAGCAAAACCUGUAUUAUUCGUUCCUGCAAUCCAGGCCAACCUCUUAUCUCCUCUAAUGGUUGCUUCUUUGCUUGCUUCUGGAGGUAUCAUAUUUUCAAUGCAACAAACUACUUCACUCUUCUAUCCAUCAUCAUCAUCAUCAUCUUCUUCUUCUUUAUAACGUCGAAUUUCCCCCCAAAUGGCUAAAGGUUCUGCUUCACAUUUACUUCGUGCGUAUUCGAGUAGGAAUAAUCUUUCACGAAUUAGGGUUUUAUUGUUCCAAUCCAACCAGCCCAUUCAUUCUUCGAGGCAACAUCAUUCCUCAAUCCCUGAAAAAUCACAUCUUGGUUCCUCUUUCUCUCCUUCUUUCAUUCAUCCACCAUUUCAAUUGCUUCAGAAGCAUAAUUAUAUACCACGUCUCUAUUCUACGAAGAUAAAUGAUGAUACAAUUGCUUCAGAAUCAGAUUCAGCUACGGUGGAAUUAGGUAUCGAAGAAGCAUCCAGCAAUGUUGGAGAAGCUACCAGUUUUCAGAAUUUUAGCACAAGGGACCCUGUGGAAAUCUUUAAGGAACUUCAGAAUUCCGCCGUAGAAGGGGUGAAACAAACUCGAGCAGAUUGGGAUGUAUUAGUUGAAAUAUUUCGAUACUUUUCAAGAUCUGGAUGGGCUUCAAAUCAAGCCCUUGCUAUAUAUAUCGGGGCUUCAUUUUUUCCCACUGCAGCCAACAAAUUCAGAAGUUUCUUCUUCAAACGAUGUCAAUCAGACCUUUCUAAAUACAUGGUAUCGCUUGGCCCUGGAGAUGCAGCCGACCGAUUUCUGUUCCCCAUAUUUGCAGAGUUCUGUUUGGUCGAAUUCCAGGACGAAAUUAAGAGGUUCAGAGGUAUGCUUAAUUCUGCAGAUCUCACGAAGCCACAUACCUGGUUUCCCUUUGCUCGAGCAAUGAAGAGAAAGAUUGUAUAUCACUGUGGGCCGACAAAUAGUGGUAAGACAUAUAAUGCUUUGCAAAGAUUCAUGGAAGCAGAGAAGGGUAUAUAUUGUAGUCCACUUAGGUUGUUAGCUAUGGAAGUUUUCGAUAAAGUGAAUGCUCUUGGAGUUUACUGUAGUUUACUAACAGGGCAAGAAAAGAAGCAUGUUCCGUUCUCGAACCAUGUAGCGUGUACUGUAGAAAUGGUUUCUAGCGACGAACUGUAUGAUGUUGCUGUUAUCGAUGAAAUUCAAAUGAUGGCAGACCCUAGUAGAGGUUAUGCGUGGACAAGGGCUUUGCUAGGUUUGAAGGCUGAUGAGAUACACCUAUGCGGGGAUCCAAGCGUUCUUGACGCGGUUAGAAAGAUCUGUUUGGAAACAGGAGAUGAGUUGUUUGAAACUCAUUAUGAGAGGUUCAAACCUCUGGUGGUAGAAGCCAAGACCCUUUUAGGAGAUCUCAGAAACGUGAGAUCUGGGGAUUGUGUUGUUGCUUUCUCAAGGAGAGAAAUAUUUGAGGUGAGAUUGGCUAUUGAGAAACAUACGAAACAUCGUUGUUGUGUUAUUUAUGGGGCGUUACCACCCGAGACUCGAAGACAGCAAGCCAGCCUCUUCAAUGAACAAGAUAACGAGUUUGAUGUUUUGGUUGCUAGUGAUGCUGUUGGGAUGGGUUUAAAUCUCAAUAUUAGGAGGGUCAUUUUCUAUGGGCUUAAUAAGUAUAAUGGCGACAAAAUUGUUCCGGUUCCAGCUUCCCAAGUUAAGCAGAUUGCUGGAAGAGCUGGCCGAAGAGGUAGUCUGUAUCCAGAUGGACUAACAACCACACUACAUUUGGACGAUUUGGACUACUUGAUUGAAUGCCUAAAGAGACCUUUCGACGAAGUGAAAAAAGUUGGUCUUUUUCCUUUCUAUGAGCAAGUAGAGUUAUUCGCAUCCCAACUUUCGAAAAUUAGUUUUGCUCAAAUUCUCCAACAGUUUGCUGAAAGCUGCCGAUUAGACGGGUCAUACUUCUUUAGCCAACACGAUCAUAUAAAGAAGGUUGCUAAUAUGUUGGAGAGGAUCGAGGGUCUCUCUCUUGAAGAUCGCUUCAACUUUUGCUUCGCUCCCGUUAACGUUAGGGAUCCGAAAGCAAUGUAUCAUCUUAGAAGAUACGCGUUCUUGUAUGCUCAGAAUCUACCUGUUAAUAUUGCGAUGGGAAUGCCCAAGAGUUCGGCUCGUAAUGACUCUGAGCUUUUGGAUCUUGAGUCAAAGCAUCAAGUAUUGUCAAUGUAUCUUUGGUUGUCUAACCAUUUUAAGGAGGAAACGUUUCCUUAUGUGAAGAAGGCUGAGGCUAUGGCAACAGACAUUGCUGAGUUGUUGGGUCAAUCACUGAGUAAAGCUUGUUGGAAACCUGAAUCAAGGAAUCAAGGGAAGCCUAAAGAUCAGGAAAAGGAAGAUGGCUAUGAGAGACCUAGAUCAAUCAUUAAACUUAAGGAGCAGAGAAACCAUCAUCAGAAAUCACCCUUGUAUGGAUCAUAGACCGUAGGAGGUAACAUCAUAGAGUCCUCACCAAGCAAUGUGUUUGCAGGAAAGAAGCUAUUUGACUCGCAGAUGCGAAUUACUCAAAACACGGCUGAAAGGGUAAAACUGGAAUUUCAUAGGAGGAAGAUGGAGAUGAUACAAGGUCAUAUCUGGUUGAGAUUCAUGGAUUGCAUAGUUUCAAAAGUGUGUUGGUUACUUGAGCAUUAUCUACUAUUAUAUAUAUAUUCCACCUAACGUUAUAUGAAUUGGCGAAUCAUUGGAGAUAUGUUUGGUCCCCCUCCAUUGUCAGGUCUGAAUCCUCCUCUUCAGUUGAAGUAGCCGCAUGCUUCAUCACAGGAUUGUCUGCACGUUUGAUCUUGUUUUUUUUUUUCAUUAUUUCUUUCUGGAUUUAAAAAAUAAAAACCACUUAAUUCA